ACUUCCCCACGUGACUUUGCGGAAGUGAGCGCAUAAACAACAUGAGCACUCACUGAGUCGAGGGGACUUUUCCAGAAUGAUACGCUGCUUUUUCCUACUUUUAGCGGCAGUGCUCGUCAAUGUAGAAGUUUGUCUUCAAAGUUCAUGCGGAGGAGAGCGGGAGCCCGCCUCCCCGGAGGGAGCAGCGAGCUGCGGCUGCGAGAAACUGAGCAGAGCCGCUGCCGGAGCUGAAGACCCGGAGGAGGUGGAGGCGACCAGCGAGCCCGCCGUCAAAUACACAGCAGCUGCUAACGAGCCGCUGUCUGAGAUGGUGUUCAUCCCCGGAGGAGAGUUUCUGAUGGGAACAGACAACCCAGGUAUCCCCCAGGAUGGUGAGGGCCCACAGAGACGGGUGCAUGUCGGCUCUUUCUACAUGGACGUGAUGGAAGUAACUAAUCAGCAGUUCCAGCGCUUCAUCGAGGCCACAGGUUAUGUUACUGAGGCCGAGAAAUUCGGAGACUCGUUUGCGUUCGAGGGAAUUUUGAGCAAAGCUGUCAAAAGCCAAAUCACACAAGCAGUGGCUGCUGCCCCCUGGUGGCUCCCGGUCAAAGGGGCAAACUGGAGGCACCCUGAAGGCGAGGACUCAAACAUCACAGACAGGCUGGACCACCCAGUUGUACACGUCUCCUGGGCCGACGCAGUCGCCUUUUGCUCUUGGGCCAACAAGAGACUCCCUACUGAAGCUGAGUGGGAGUACGCCUGCAGGGGGGGCUUGAGAGACAGACUUUACCCAUGGGGGAAUAAGCUGAACCCAAAAGGAAAACACUACGCCAACCUCUGGCAGGGGGAUUUCCCCGUAUACAACUCUGGAGAGGACGGAUAUGUCAAAACGUCCCCUGUAAUGUCUUUUCCGGCCAACGCGUUCGGCCUGCAUGACAUGGUGGGGAAUGUUUGGGAGUGGACCUCAGACUGGUGGACUGUGCACCACACAACAGAAGAGCAACACGAUCCAACCGGUCCACCUUCAGGCAAAGACAGAGUGAAGAAGGGAGGGUCAUACAUGUGUCACAAGUCUUAUUGCUACAGAUACCGAUGUGCGGCUCGGAGCCAGAAUACUCCAGACAGCUCAGCCUCCAACCUGGGAUUUCGCUGUGUUUCUCAGGGGAAACAACAAGAUGACCUGCUCGUGUUGAAGGAAGACUCCCUCUAAACUGGAAUCCAAGUGUGAAUGCAAGAAAAGGACAUUAAGGAUUUGAACGAGAUGGCACAGACAAAUAAAGGAAAUUUUUCGGUUACUGUAGAUAUCUUAUUUCACAACAAGAAAGUGUUUAACUUUUUCUACUGAAAUAUUUGAGAUUUAUAGUUGUUUUUUUUUACUCUAUCAACCAUUUUUUUUAAGUGUAUCAGUGUUAAGUAUAUCAUUUACAAUGGUCUUAUUGUUGAUUAUUGUGUGACGCUGCAGUAAGAUUGCUGUAAAAUUACUGUAAGAAUAUAUUUCUAAAGUAUUUUUGUCUAUUAACAUUUACAAAGAAGUCAUAAUAAUAAAAUUCUCAUAAGAAAAAGGA